AUGCUGCAAUAUGACAGGAGCAAAAUUCUAGGGAACGGCACAUUUGCUACCGUCUUUUGGGGCACUUGGAAUGGAGAGGCCGUGGCCGUCAAACGAAUCGAAAUGCACAAAUUGAAUAAAAGAUUCAAAGACAGGGAAGAGGUAGCCAUGCGACAAAUGAACCAUCAAAACGUCCUAAAACUCAAGGAAGUACAGGAAAAUGAGGAUUUUAAAUUACUAAUUCUAGAACUCUGCAUUGGAACGGUGCGUGAUUACGUCAACGACGUUAACGACGAGAAAAAGUUCAAUCAAAAGAUGCCGAUCGAGGUUGAAGCGCUGAUACAAAUGACCAAUGGGCUGGCUUACAUCCAUUCCCAGCAUUUUGUCCAUCGUGAUAUCAAACCGGAGAACGUCUUGAUAUCCUCCUCGUAUGUGUUGAAAAUCUCUGACUUUGGAGUCAGCAAGCCCACACAGCCGACCGGAAGUUUCUCAGUGACUAGUGGCCCUCAAGGAACGAAAACUUACUUUGCUCCGGAAUAUCUGCGACUAGAGCAUCAAGAAUCGCAGGAAAGAAAAAACAUCAGAGCGGACAAAUCGAUCGACAUCUUUUCUUUGGGCUGCCUCUUUUUCACUUACAUAAUGAGAAAGGGGCCGUACGCUCACCUGUUCGCAACACCAGGAAUGCAGUUCAAUUCCAAAGAAAACUACGACAUUGACGUCACUAAUAAUAUUCUCAUGGACAAAAAGUUUCUAGAAAAGAACGGACUAUCAAAGGGACACUACGCGUUUAAAAUGAUUGACGGAAUGACCAAAGCCAAGUCUGAGGAUCGCUGGGGCUUGGACGAAAAGAAAUUUGGUUCCAACUCUCAGACAGUUAUUGAAACUCUGAAACUAGAACAACGACGUCAAAAUGGACCGAAGCAGACCGUAGUGUAG